AUGAGCGCAAGGCCCCCAGACCCCCACGAUAACCAAAAGCCCAGGUAUCACGUAGAAUCAAGGCAGAUAGCCGGUUCUGAUACUUCAAAGCAUAGACAGGCAACGGAGAAGUCAUUACCGCAGCUCAUCAACAUCGGACGCCCAUUGACCAUCAGUAAAUGGACCCUUGAGAUCACUCCUUCCGCUUCCUCGGGCGUCGUAUACAAGAACUCGGAAGUUGUCAGCGAGAAACUGAUACUGGACUUCUGUUUCAUGGGUGGACAGUCCUGGGCCGCCAUGCAACGCUAUCAGGAGUGGCUUGGUCUUGUCUUCGUUGCCAAAGGUCCAAACCUGGAGGUUUGUGCCAUCCUUGAGCUGGACGUUUUUCUGAGACAUGGUGUUGUACUUGCAAAAGGGUGA